AUGGCAAGCAUCGAUCGAUACCGGCCUCCGCGCGAGGGCUACCAGCCGCCCACCGUAGCGAAUCCCCCUCGACAAGAGCAGCAGCAGCAGCCGGCGCCGGCGCGUUCGCCAGCGACGCGACGCGAAGUGCCUCCCGCGGCGCCCACACCUCCCCCGCCGCUGUCUCGCCACUCGCCGCCGCGCUCCCAGACGCACACGCCCGCGGCCGCGGCGGCAGCACCAGCAGCAGCACCGUCGGGAUCGCAGACGCCGCUGCUCGGCGCGAACCAGUGGUCGUUUACGCCGGCCGAGGUGCUGAGCACGCCGUCCGUCAUUGACGGACUCUCGCCCGAAGAGGAGCGGCUGCGCCGGGCCAAGGGCGUCAACUUUGUGUAUCAGGCCGGCGUCAUGCUCGACCUGCCGCAAAUCACGCUAUGGGUGGCGGGUGUCUUUUUUCACCGCUUCUACAUGCGCUGCAGCAUGGUGCCUGAAAAGGGCGGUGUCCAUCAUUAUAACAUUGCCGCGACAGCGCUGUUCCUGGCCAACAAGGUCGAAGAAAACUGCCGAAAGACAAAGGACAUCAUCAUUGCCGUCGCCAAGGUCGCGCAGAAGAACGCCAAACUCAUUAUUGACGAGCAGAGCAAGGAGUACUGGCGCUGGCGUGACAGCAUCCUCACGUACGAGGAGGUGAUGCUGGAGCAGCUCACCUUUGACAUGAUGGUGGAUAAUCCCUACCGCAAUUUGUUUGAGCUACUCGGUAAGCUCGACAUUGUGCACAACAAGCACCUCCGGCAGGCGGCGUGGGCCUUUUGUAACGACGCGUGCCUGACGGCGCUGCCGCUGCUCAUCGAGGCGCGCGACGUUGCCAUCAGCGCCAUCUUCUUUGCCAGCGCACACACGAACCAGCAGAUUGACGACGUGAGCGGCCAGCCCUGGUGGCGCCACCUGCGCGGCGACGAGGCGCGCUGCGCAAAGGCGGUCGAGGUGAUGCGCCAGUUCUACACGGAGAACCCACUCCGCAAGCAGAACCCGUCGCUGCCGUCUCCCGCCUUUCACCUCGAGCACACGCGGCGCCGCGGUGACGCCGGGUCGGCGGCGGCGGCGGCGCUCGGCGGCGCGAACAAUACACCGCUGCUGUCGCCGAAUAACAUGAGCACGCCGCGGGACAGUCAUAGCCGCAGCCCUGCCGUGCGGAUGACGAAUGGCGAUGGGGACAGGAGGAUGACGGAGCCGCCAAGGUCGCCGGUGAAAAGAAAGGAGCCGGAUGCGGAGACGGUCGGUGACGGCGGGCGAUCGGACAAGAGGGCCAGGCUGUCGGAGGACGAAGGCGAAGUGGAAGAAUAA